UUAUACUUAUAUACAAACUUAUAUAAUAGCUCUUUUGACACCUUUUUGACUACUCGAUCAGGUGUGAGGAUUUUCAUAUAAUGCAGGGCUGGUUUUCUCUCGUCAACCGUUUCUUACGUUUGUUGAAAUAAUCAAACUAUAAAUAUAAUUUUUAAAACACUCCGACUAUCUACAGAUAAUAAGCAUUCUAUACCAGUUUAUUAUUGUAUGUGGCUUUUCAUUUCGUACACUGGCCAUUGGCCAGUGCGUUUGUUUUUCAAAAUCUCAAAAUUUAUUUAUUGAUCUUGGAAUCAUCAUAUGAUAAUUUUCUGUAUUUUGGUUUCACUCGCACGGUAUCAUGCAUCAUUUUUUGUUAGAUCACUCCCUAUCUUUUCAAUGUUUAUGAUAAAAUACAUUUAAUUUUAAAAUUGUUUUAUGUAUGAUAAAAAAACUAAAUGUAGUUUAAUCAUACGUAGACAAAUCAAUUUUUUAAAAUUUUCAACAUAUACCACAAAAAAAAUCUUUACAUAAUAUAUAUAUAUAUAACAUAGUAAACACUAAACAUAUAUUCUGCUGUAGAUAUUUAGUUAUUGACAGAAAGUAAUUAAAAUAUAUAAUAAGUAGUCUCCGGUAAAAACAACGAUGUUUCGUAAUCUUAUGGAUCCAUAAUAUGGAAUCCUUAACAAAUAAAGCAAAGAAUUAAACUCAACAAACCAAAACGUCCCAAUAAAAAACGAUAAACCGAAUUAGUUCUUGGAAACAACCUAGAAGAAAAGCCCUUUAUCAAAAGAAGAGAUUGUUUUUUCCUCGAACUCUACUUCAUUACUCUAACCAACAAAAAAAAUUCGAAACCAAAACAUAAACCCCAAGAUAAAGAACCAGUACCACAAAAGAGCCAAAAAACAGCCAACCAACGAAGAGAGUUUGGCUGUUGAUAAAGUUAUAUAAUAUAUUUCAAUUUGAUUUUGUCGGUAUAAAAGUAUAUAAGGGGAAAUAAUUUAGAUAGCUGAAAAAAGGAUUUUUAAUCAAAUAUUACACAAAGGAAAAAAUCUCUAAUUAAAUGGUAAUAUAGUGGUGGUAGUAAGAAGAGAACUUAGACGAAGAUUAACCCGGACUCUUAAGGUUCUUAGUUUCGGCUAAUAACCGUUGUUAAGAAUCAUCUAUUAAAUAAAAGAUAUAAACGCCGAAUUUUAGCUGAAAAGUGUAAAAAAAAAUGUCAAAUCAUAAAUUAAGAAUCUCAAAUUAAAAGUCCGGAUUAAUAAUGGUCUUAGAUAACAUUAUAAACCCAUCAGUCCUAAGUUCGGUUCCUGUCAGAAACUAGUUUGCCGUUUACCUUAGCCAUGUAACAUAAGACCAUGUUUCGCACUUAUUUAGUUCCAAGAUUGGACUAUUAACAUUUAUUAAAAUUUAAAAAAAAACUAAAUUAGUUCAAUCUCCAAACUUUGCUCUAAUCUUCAUUUUCUAAUUAGUAAACUCUAAAUCUAAAUAUAGAAAAAACAGUGUUUUUAGAAUUUUUAUGUACUAUUUUUAAACAAGAAGAUGAUUUAGUGCUAUUAUAAAGUAUUUCUCAGUAUAUGACAUGGUAAUCUAGCAUCAGCUUUUAACUUUUAAACGAAAACUUUUAUAUGCUUUGGAUAAAAGUUUGUUUGAACAGGAAAUAUGACUUAAUUACCCCCUUGAGUUAUUUUCAGCGGAAUAGGAAGUUUCGGAAAUCUUUUAUCAAUUUUUUUCACGUUCCCACCUAAAUCAGUUGACUACAUUAUCUAAUCAGCACUCCAACUAUAUAAUCCUGAAUUGUAAUUAGUUUUCUCAAAUUAUACGUAUACGAGGUUGGUAACUUUUGUGGCUGAUAACUUGGGAUAUUAUAUACUUCAUAAUUAUUUUAUAAUACUCAAUUUUGCACUCACACACACACAUAUGGUAACGCGUAUAAACGACUGAACUAGGGAGAAUCAAGAACUACAAGACGAAAUUAUAGAAUUGAAUGCUAGAAGGCCGACCACAUAAAAUAUUAUUAUUUGUCACAAAACGAUCGUAAUUCAAAUAUUUUAACCUCAUUUCUUAGUCAAAUACACGCCAAAACAUGUGAAACUCUUUACCACUGCUCGCUAUAAGUAAACCUAUACAUACUUUUGUCUCUCUUAACACUAACCUGAAACUCUCUCUCUCUCUCUCUCUCUCUCUCUCUCUCUCUCUCUCUGUAAGCUGUCUUCUAACAAUGGCGGUUAGAUCUCUUGUCCAAAACCCUAAUUUGAAACAUGUUUCAAUUCUAAGAUCAGACAAAAAUCUACAACAAACAUUUCCUGAUCUUCCUUAUCUUGUCUCUCUCCGCUAUUCCAACUGUCACACUUCCAAAAGACUUGUAGUUUCUUCUUCUUCAGUAUUAUCAACACACAUUCCAACUUCUCGGGUUGCUUCUGGUCCUGUAUCUCGUGCUCAGGCACCGUCCUCCGGUGCAGAAGCGACGGUGCCUUUGUCUCGGGUCUGGAGAGAGAUACAAGGAUGUAACAACUGGCAAGAUCUUAUCGAACCUUUAAAUCCUCUUCUCCAACAAGAGAUCACUCGCUACGGAAACUUAGUUUCCACUUGUUACAAAGCCUUCGAUCUAAACCCGAAUUCUAAACGUUACUUGAACUGCAAGUAUGGCAGAAAAACCUUACUUAGAGAAACCGGAAUCGACCAACCUGAAGAUUACCAAGUCACUAAAUACAUCUACGCAACGCCGGACAUAAACAUCAACAUCCGUCCAAUUCAAAACGUGGCCAAUAAGGGCGCACGUUGGGUAGGUUACGUUGCAGUUUCAUCUGAUGACUCGGUAAAACGUUUAGGGAGGAGAGACGUCGUGGUUACAUUUCGUGGAACGGUAACUAACCCUGAAUGGUUGGCUAACUUCAUGAGCUCUUUGACUCCGGCUAGGUUCCAUCCUCAUAACAUGCGGCCUGAUGUGAAGGUCGAAUCAGGGUUCUUGAGUUUAUACACAUCCGAUGAGAGUGAGAGCAAGUUCGGACUAGUGAGCUGUAGACAACAGCUUCUGUCCGAAAUAUCAAGAUUGAUGAAUAAGUACAAAGGAGAAGAUAUGAGUAUCACACUCGCUGGACAUAGCAUGGGAAGCUCAUUAGCUCAUCUUCUUGCUUACGACAUUGCGGAACUCGGUUUAAACAAGAAGAUAGGCGAGAGAGAUGUUCCCGUGACUGUAUUCUCUUUUGCCGGUCCUAGGGUUGGUAACUUGGAGUUCAAGAAACGUUGCGAGGAGCUAGGAGUGAAGGUUUUGAGGAUCACUAACGUUAAUGAUCCGAUCACUAAACUUCCUGGCUUUUUAUUUAAUGAGAAUUUUAGGGUUUUAGGUGGUUUUUAUGAGCUUCCAUGGAGUUGUUCAUGUUAUGCUCAUGUUGGGGUCCAACUAACACUAGAUUUUUUUGAUGUUCAAAACAUGUCUUGCGUUCAUGAUCUCGAGACUUAUAUCGAUCUUAUUAAUUGUCGGAGAUUAAACUCGAGAUCAGCCGAGACCGAUGGGGAAAAGAGCAGUGAAAAUGUUGCCUGGGAGUAUUUGAAGCAAAAGGGCGAGAAGCUGAUGUUCUUCAAGGGACAACGAAUUAUGCAUUGGAGCAACGUCGUAAAUCUACUUUCUUCUCUCUCUUAUCAUAUGUUGUAUUGUAAUAUAUUCUAG